UCACAGUCACCGUGUCUCUAAGGACUCUUAUUUUGAAGUAGUUUUCGUCCUUUGUUUCCCCCGGACUACGUUUUCCAGAAUGCACUGCCCUCAUCACUGCCAUCUGUUCCCCAUCAUUGUCACCUGUUCCCGAUUCUGUCAUCAGCCCUCUUGUGUAUAAAUACCCUCAAGUUUAGUUCCAUCAUUGUCAGUUCUUGUUCGUUGUUACGUAGUUUAUGUUAACUAAACGACUGUCGUGUUUUGUUACCCAAGUCAUAGUCUUCUUUGUAUCCUCGCCUUCUUGUCAUUGUUAAUUAAAGGACUGCUGCACAUGGAUCCUGCUCUCUCGCCUCAUCCUUACAACACGUGACAGAAGAACUGACCAAACUAAAUAGAUCUACCGCCUUCGGUUAGCAUCCUCCUCCUCAUGCAAGGGGACCAUUGAGUUGAGGAUCAUGUCCGUGAGUUUCUCCACCUGGUGAAUUUAGUGCACUAUGAAGACCGCUCUCUAGUGAUUUACUUUAGAGCUGGUCUGCAUAGUGCACUAAAGGAGCUGAUGCCUCGGGCGGAUCCUCACUGGACGCUGGCCGACUACAUGGAGGUGGCUCUGCAACUCUAUGGCUCACCCUUCACUGUGGGAAGGGAGGAAGAGGCCAGUUGCUCCAAGCCUCCCACGGCUCCUUGCUCCAAGGUAACUCCUCUCCAUACAUUCCCCAUAAAUACAUUUUUGGGGGCGGGGGGAGGCUCACUGUCUCCAAGCUCCGGUGGUCGAUUCCCCGAUGCAAUCUGCGGUAGCGACCACGGAGGUGACAUUUCCCCGUACACUGGUAUUUAUGGCGGGAACCCCAGGCCACAACCAAAGCCCAUGCCUGCCACGGUUAACGAGCCAGUGCCCAUGCCUGCCACGGUUAACGAGCCAGUGCCCAUGCCUGUAGCCUCGACCGUCCCAGAGCCAAUGCCUGUAGCCUCGACCGUUCCCGUAACAAUGCUCCCAGCUGUCCGGAAAAGGAGGAGAAGGAAAAGGACACCUUCUCCCCAGUCUCUGCCCGUGCUCACGACCACGGAGGUCGUUCCCCGGUCUCCGCCCGUGCUCACGACCACGGAGGUCAUUCACCUGUCGCUGCCAGUGCUCACGACCGCAGAGGUCGAUCCCCAGUCUCUACCUGUGCUCUCGACCACGGGAGUCAGUUCUCAGUCAUCCAUGGCUCUUAGUCCCGAGCCUUCCAUGGCUCUUAGUUCUGAGCCCUCCUCGGCCUCGUCCCUCGAGCCUCUCACGACUCCGCCUUCCAUGGAGUUCAUCCUGUCUGGAAUCAUUUUUCGAUAAUUGACCGGCUGACUUCACAUUAUCCCCUACAUAGUGAUGUCAAACUUCGAUACCAAGUUGAUACUUCGAUAAAGAAAAUGUAACAGUACCAGUCUAUCAGUAUUUGUUGUACUGUUUAGUGUCUAAAUAUCCGUGGUGUGUGACUAAUAGGCAGCUGCUUUGGAAUGCAUGCAUGUGUAUUUUCAUGUGUGUUUUGUGACAAGUACUCGCGUCUCACAGUGAAUUGUCUGCACAUAUGAACUGUCAAAUGCACUUCUCGGUCUUGUUAAAUUAUUAAUGUAAACACAGUCAGUAAUGUCUCAUGUGAUUGUAAAAAGGGUGACAAAAAAAAAUAUGUUCAAUAUUCCAGUUUUUUUUCACCCAAUUUGGAAUGCCCAAUUCCCAGUGCGCUUUUUAAGUCCUCGUGGUCGCGUAGUGAUUCGCCUCAGUCCGGGUGGCGGAGGACGAAUCCCAGUUGCCUCCGCGUCUGAGACCAUCAACCCGCACGUGGCUUGUUGAGCGCGUUGCCACAGAGACAUAGCGCGUUUGGAGGCUUCACGCCAUCCACCGCGGCAUCUGCGCUCAACUCACCACGCGCUCCACCGAGAACGAACCACAUUAUAGCGACCACGAGGAGGUGUGACUCUACCCUCCCUAGCGACCGGGCCAAUUUGGUUGCUUAGGAGACAAAAAUUCCCCUGUUUUAAAAGGUUGGCUGAAGUACUCAAAGUUAAUUCCUCGGAGAUGGUAUCAGAUGAAAUUAAUAAUAAUAAAAAAGUGAUUUUUGAAAAAAGAUGGCCACCAGUUAAUUUAAUAAAUACAAUUAAAGAAUAAGUAGGAAGACAGGAAAGUGUACAGUUAAAUGGAAUUUAUUUACCACGUCCUUUAUUUUUAUUUCUAUUUUUGAGAGCUUGUGUACAUACUUAUUUGGAAUCAAAUUGUGAGAUAUAUGUAUGUGUAUAUAUGUGUAUACUAUGGGCUAAGUUAUGUUUAUAUGCAUUUAUUUAUUUAUUUGUUUGUUUUUAUUAUUGUUAUUUUAUUUGCUGAAAAUGUAUUGGUUGUCGGGGGGGAAAUUAAUAACACAAAAAAGAGAAAAAGUAAUAAUUUGUCUGUUGAAAAGAAUGUUAAUGGAAUGUAUAAUGUAAUAUACACAAACUAUAUUUAUAUAUAUAAACUGUAUAUACACACACACAGUAUAUAUUUAUACACUGUGUAUGUAUGUGUAUAUAUACAGUAUGUAUAUAUACAUAUAUAUGUAAAAAAUAAAUUUGUUCAAAUAUUGUAUCUGUGUAUCAGACUUUGCAGUGUAACACUAAUAUACCUGCCAUUGUCUAUUAAGCCGUUAAUAUUAAUCAACAAUAUUAAGAAAAGAGAGAGUUGACAUUUGAAAAACUUGAAACAAUAUUUACUUAAAAGCUAUGUCAUUGUUUUUCAUUUAUUUUGUUGACAUUUAUAUGAAAAUUAAUUUUCUUUUAAAGAAAGGAGUGUCGAUAUAGUGACAACCCUACACCGAAAACAUACAGUAUAUGCUCUAAUUGCGUGUCUGUCUAUG